AUGAAUCUAACAAUGAUUAACAGUGAAAACAUGAAGAAAACGAAAAGGAAAAAGAGCAAAACAAAAAUCAACAACUACGCGGGCAUAGAGGGCGUUGAAAAAAUAGUGUUACCCGAUGAUGUACAAAAGUUGUUGAUGUGCGAAGUAGGCGAGCAGGUUUCAGUGCAAGAGCCAUGGGCGUACGUGCAAAAACAAACAGUGAUGGAUAAUUUAUUGACGACGGAGAAUUCGGUGUUUCUGCCUUACAAAGUCGAGUUGGAGAAUUACGAAACCGACAAAAUCCUGCUCGGUUACAUACCGGAUGAGACCGACGACAUCGACGAGUUCUACAUGUGUUUAACAGCGGAAUCGGUUAUUAAAACCGCAGCUAUUGCGAAGAAACAUAGGGACGAACAAAGGCAGAAAUUGCAGGACAUCGUGUGCAAGACACCGGGUGAAUGGACUUCGCUGGGCAGCGACAUAAACACGAACAAAAACAACAGGGCACUUCUCGAAGUUCUCAUAGAAACCCAGUACCCAAUACCGAAGGACAAGACCAAGUUCAGAGUUCACUGGGCCAAAGCAGGAGACACCUCAUACACUGAAUUGCUUAGCACCGACAAUGGAGACAGUAUUUUAAAGAAAAGAAUCGACAAUUCUGUUCAAGUAGCGCCAAGUCACGCCCACAAUGAGGCCCAAACUGUUUGCACCUUCCCCAAAAACGCCACAGCGAACUAUCAAUACAACUACGACGAAAUAGAUCCAGUGCUGUUCCAAAGCAAACUGGAUUCGUACUACGUCAAACAUAGUUUAUCCUUUAACAAUUGGUUGGUGAUAAAUGGUCUCUUCAACCUGUACACUCUGGAUUACCACGUGUUGGCAGCAAAAAGCAUUCUACCUCCUAGCAGGAAAAAGUUCCACAUUAACGAGUACAUGACGUACUCAGACAUACAACGAUGUAAAGGCAGGAUGGUGGAAGCAGUCACAUGGCAUCCCACUAUGAGUUGGUUGUUUGUAGUCUCGUAUUCGACUUUUUCCUCGUAUUACUACAUCCGAAAUGAAGCGGACGAUGAUGAGGUGUUCAGAGCAGUCCACACCUUAAAUCCCGUUUUGGUGUGGAGUGUCAACGAUUAUUUGAUGCCAAAAUUGGUACUGCACUCCCCAAGAGAGGUUAUGCAUCUUUCCUUUUGCCCUUACGAUGGCAACAUACUUAUAGGUGAGUACAAAUUAUUUUAA